AUGCGAUCAGAUAUGGAUAUAGUUCGAGUGGCGAAUGUUUUGGGUGUAGAUGGUUUAGAAAGGGAGAUAGAGUGUGUAUCUCGGCGGAAAAUUGGUCAGGGUUCUUUUGGGGAGGUUUAUCAUAUAGUUUUACGGGAUGGAGAGUCUUAUGCUUGGAAAGUAGUCUUUGAGAAGAAGGAGUACAUGAACCGGGAAUUGAUGAUUUUGAAGCGGGUGAAUCAUCCGGGGAUUGUCCAAUUAAAAUGGUACUCUUAUGGUGAACGGAGUAAUCGUGGGGUUGUUUUGAAUGUGAUUAUGGAGUACUUGCCGGAAGACUUACUGGGAUUGAUUAAGCGGCGGUGGGUGUUGGCUUGGGGGGAGUUUAAGAGUUAUGCCUUGCAGAUGUUAGGUGGGGUGGCUUAUUUGCACUCUUUGCGGAUAGCUCAUCGUGAUAUUAAACCUUCUAAUGUUUUGAUUGAUUUGGGGCGGGGUAUUUUGAAAGUUUGUGAUUUAGGUAGUGCGAAAGAGAUAAGGAUGGGGGAGUCUAAUAUUUCUUAUAUUUGUUCUCGGAAUUAUCGGGCGCCGGAAUUACAUGCUGGCUUGAGUUAUGAUGAGAAAAUUGAUGUUUGGUCGACGGGCUGUGUUUUGGCUGAGUUAUUGAUUCAUGAGUUACUGUUUAAAGGACCGAGUAAGGAGUUGUUGCUGGCUCAGAUUCAGGAUAGGUCAAGACGUAUGGAGGAGUAUAUAGUAGAACGGUCGGGUCGGCCGGAAGUACUUGGGUUUGCCCGUAUUAUUAAGAAGAUGCUAGCUAUUGAUCCGAGUGAGCGUUUAUCAGCGGUAGAAGCUAUAGGUCUUUUCGAACAAUUAAAUCCACCCCAAGUUCAACCAGUUCCCGAUGCGUCUACUUCUAGUCCCACUUCAUCGCUAGCCCAGGCCAAGGCCAAUCCCAUUGGCUAA